UCCGGAAGAGCAUCAUGCGUUUAUAAGUGUAUUGGUCUCCGCAUGUGUGAGUAUGUCCGAACCGACCCCGAUGUAGAGAGGCGCGGAACUGGUGAGUGAGGUCGCAAGCGAGAAGGGAGGAAACUUCAUGGCUCGCAGGUCUGCUUCGGGGCCAGAUGUGUUUUACCACUGAGCUACAUCUCCAGCCUGUUAUCUUGAAACAGGGUCUCACUACAUUGCCCAGACUUGCCUAGACCUUAUUGAGGCUGUGUUCUUGAACUUGAGGUCUUCCUGCCUCAGUCUCUUGAAUUGCUGGGAUUACAGGUGUGCACCACUGCACCCAGCUUAUUUAAUCUUUUAAAAGGUGUGCAUUUGAAGGAGACCCAAAUAUGGCAGCUGUGGAAGAAAACUUCCCCCGAGGGGGUACAAGAAAGACCCACAAAUUAGAGAAAUCUUUCCAGGAAUCAGUUGAACAAGACAACUUAUUUGAUAUUUCCACAGAAGAAGAAUCCACCAAAAGGAAAAAGAGCCAGAAGGGACCAGCAAAAACAAAAAAGUUGAAAAUUGAAAAAAAAGAAAACAGCAAGUCUAUCAAAGAGAAAUUUGAAAUUCUUAGUGUUGAGUCCCUAUGUGAGGGAAUGAGGAUUUUGGGUUGUGUGAAAGAAGUAAAUGAGCUGGAACUGGUUAUCAGUCUCCCCAAUGGCCUCCAAGGAUUUGUGCAAGUAACUGAAAUCUGUGAUGCCUAUACCAAAAUGCUGAAUGAACAGGUGGCACAAGAAGAACCUCCAAAGGACCUGCUACGCUUGCCUGAACUUUUCUCACCUGGAAUGCUGGUGAGAUGUGUGGUGAGCAGUUUGAGCGUCACAGAGAGGGGCAAAAAAAGUGUCAAACUAUCUCUGAACCCCCAAAAUGUCAACAGAGUGCUGAGUGCUGAGGCUCUGAAGCCUGGUAUGUUGCUGACAGGCACUGUAUCCAGCCUGGAAGACCAUGGCUACCUAGUGGACAUUGGUGUUAGUGGAACCAGAGCUUUUCUGCCACUGAAGAAAACCCAGGACUACGUCCAACAAAAGAACAAAGGUGCUAAACUGAAGGUGGGUCAGUACUUGAACUGCAUAAUUGAAGAGGUGAAAGGCAAUGGAGGAGUUGUUAGUCUGUCUAUAGGGCAUUCAGAAAUUUCUACUGCCAUUGCUACUGAGGAGCAAAACUGGACCCUUAAUAACUUGCUACCAGGACUGGUGGUCAAAGCCCAGGUACAGAAGGUGACUCAGUUUGGUCUUAAGCUAAACUUCCUCACAUUCUUCACGGGCCUCGUUGACUUUAUGCACCUGGAACCCAAGAAAGUUGGGACAUAUUUCUCAAACCAAGCAGUAAGGGCCUGCAUCCUUUGUGUCCAUCCUCGCACCAGAGUUGUGCGCCUGAGCCUGCGCCCGAUCUUCCUGCAACCUGGGCGCCCACUCACCCGGCUCUCUUGCCAGCACCUAGGAGCUGUGCUGGAUGAUGUUCCUGUCCAGGGCUUUUUCAACAAGGCUGGGGCUACCUUCAGACUGAAGGAUGGUGCUCUGGCCUAUGCCCGGCUCAGCCAUCUCUCUGAUUCUAAGAAAGUCUUCAAUCCUGAGGCCUUCAAGCCAGGGAACACUCAUAAGUGUAGAAUUAUUGACUACAGCCAAAUGGAUGAACUGGCAUUGCUUUCUCUACGGACAUCUAUUAUUGAAGCUCAGUAUCUUGGGUAUCAUGACAUCAAAACUGGGGCAGUGAUAAAGGGAACAGUGCUGACCAUAAAGCCAUUUGGGAUCUUGGUGAAAGUGGGUGAGCAAAUGAGGGGCCUAGUACCUGCCAUGCACCUGGCUGACAUCCUGAUGAAGAAUCCAGAGAAGAAGUACCACAUUGGGGAUGAGGUCAAGUGCCGGGUUUUGCUUUGUGACCCUGAAGCCAAGAAGCUGAUAAUGACCCUCAAAAAAACUCUGGUCACAUCCAGACUACCUGCCAUUACCUGCUAUGGCGAUGCCAAGCCUGGUCUGCAGACACAUGGUGUCAUCAUCAGAGUCAAGGACUAUGGCUGCAUUGUGAAGUUCUACAAUGAUGUGCAGGGACUGGUGCCCAGGCACGAGCUUAGUGCCCAGUAUAUCCCUGACCCGGAGAGGGUCUUUUAUGUUGGCCAGGUGGUGAAGGUUGCAGUGCUGAACUGCGAGCCAUCCAAAGAGAGGAUGCUCUUAACCUUCAAGCUGCUGAGUGAUACAGAGCCCAAGAAUGAGAGAGAGAGUGUGGGACACGGUCAGAAGACAGGAAGAGUCAUUAAUGUUGGGCAGUUGGUGGAUGUGAAGGUUUUAGAGAAGACCAAAGAUGGGCUUCAGGUGGCUGUCCUGCCACACAACAUCCCUGCUUUCCUCCCUACACCUCAUUUGUCAGACCAUGUUGCCAACGGCCCACUAUUGUAUCGCUGGCUCCAGGCGGGUGACACCCUUCACCGAGUCCUGUGUCUGAGCCAGAGUGAGAGACAUGUUCUCCUUUGCAGGAAGCCAGCCUUGGUUUCCUCAGUAGAAGGUGGUCAGGAUCCCAACAGCUUCUCAGAAAUCCAUCCUGGAAUGCUGCUUAUUGGUUUCGUGAAGAGCAUCAAGGACUAUGGUGUGUUCGUCCAGUUCCCCUCGGGUCUCAGUGGACUGGCCCCCAAAGCUAUCAUGAGUGAUAAGUUUGUGACCACCCCAGGUGACCACUUUGUUGAGGGGCAGACGGUGGUUGCAAAGGUGACCAAUGUGGAUGAGGAGAAGCAGCGGAUGCUGCUGUCGCUGCGGCUGUCGGACUGCACUCUGGGGGAACCAGCCAGCACCAGCCUCCUCCUCCUGAGCCAGUGCCUGGAGGAACUGCAGGGUGUGCGCAGCCUCAUGAGCAACCAAGACUCUGUGUUGAUCCAGACGCUGGCUGAGAUGACCCCAGGAAUGGUCCUUGACUUAGUGGUGCAGGAAGUGUUGGAAGAUGGCUCUGUGGUGUUCAGUGGAGGUCCAGUGCCUGACUUGGUCUUGAGAGCCAGCCGGUAUCAUCGGGCAGGUCAGGAAGUGGAGUCUGGGCAGAAAAAGAAGGUUGUAAUCCUCAACGUUGAUAUGUUGAAGUUGGAGGUACAUGUUUCCCUUUGUCAGGACUUGGUGAAUAAAAAAUCUAAAAAGCUGAAGAAAGGCAGCAAACACCAGGCAAUUGUGCAACACCUGGAGGAGUCCUUUGCUGUGGCCUCCUUAGUAGAGACUGGCCACCUGGUAGCUUUCUCUCUGACCUCUCACCUCAAUGACACCUUCCGCUUUGACUCAGAGAAAUUGCAGGUGGGACAGGGUGUCUGCCUAACUCUCAAGACCACAGAACCAGGAGUGACUGGUCUUCUUCUGGCUGUUGAGGGACCAGCUGCCAAGAGGACCAUGAGAGAGACGAGGAAGGAUUCUGAGCCAAUUGAUGAGGAUGAGGAGGGGGAUCCAGCUCUGACUGUAGGGACUAAAAAGAAGCACACCCUUGCUAUCGGGGACAUGGUCACUGGAACCAUCAAGUCUGUUAAGCCCACCCAUGUGGUUGUGACUCUGGAAGAUGGCAUUGUUGGCUGUAUCCAUGCCUCCCACAUCCUAGAUGAUGUUCCAGUGGGCACCUCUCCUACUACCAAGCUGAAAGUUGGGAAGACAGUCACUGCCCGAGUGAUUGGUGGACGAGAUGUGAAGACUUUUAAGUUUCUCCCAAUCAGUCACCCCAGAUUUAUUCGAACUAUCCCGGAGCUGAGUGUUCGGCCAAGUGAGCUGGAGGAGGAUGGCCACACUGCCCUUAACACUUUUUCUGUCAGCCCCCUGGAGAAGAUUAAGCAGUACCAUGCUGGUCAGACUGUGACUUGCUUCUUAAAGAGAUACAAUGUGGUUAAGAAAUGGCUUGAGGUGGAAAUUGCACCAGACAUCCGGGGGAGAAUUCCCUUGUUGCUCACUUCUCUUAGCUUCAAGGUUCUGAAACAUCCAGAUAAGAAGUUCCAGAUUGGACAGGCCUUGAGGGCCACCGUGGUUGGCCCAGAUUCCUCCAAGGCCUUCUUGUGCCUCUCACUCAUAGGUCCUCACAGGCUUGAGAAAGGAGAAGUGGCCAUGGGCCGAGUGGUGAAGGUGACACCCAAUGAGGGGCUGACUGUCUCUUUCCCCUUUGGGAGGGUGGGGAAGGUCAGUAUAUUUCACGUGAGUGACUCCUACUCUGAGACACCCCUAGAGGACUUCGUUCCCCAGAAAGUUGUCAGAUGUUAUGUCCUCUCCACUGGAGACCAUGUAUUGACUUUGUCACUGCGAUCGUCUAGGACAAACCCAGAGACCAAAAGCAAAGUAGAAGAUCCAGAGAUUGAUUCCAUCCGGGAUGUUAAGGAAGGGCAGCUCCUUAGGGGAUACGUGAGGUCCUUCCAGCCAAACGGUGUGCUCUUAGGCCUUGGCCCCUCAGUUGUGGGUUUGGCCCAGGACUCACACAUCUCCCAGUGCAACCUGCCCAAUAAGGACCUUUAUAACAAAUACCUCCCAGAAGGAAAACUGCUCACUGCCAAGGUCCUAAGCCUGAACCACCAGAAGAACCUGGUAGAGCUGUCACUCCUCCCCAGAGACACUGGCAAGCCUGACGUGUUUUCUGCUGCCCCGGAACUGCCACUUCUGAAGCAAAAGGAAAGGAGAGUAGAUUCUGAAGAACAAGACCAAAAAGGAGAAAAGAGGGAGAAGGAUCAGAAAAGGAAAGAGAAGAAGAGCCAGAGGGGGCAGGAGGCGGUGAAGGUGCCCAGCAAAGAGAAGAGGGAGCCCCAGAGGCCACAAGUGAAGAGGCAGGACAAGCGGGAGCGCCGGGAAUCUGGGAGUGGCCUGGAAAGAGCAAAUAAGAGGCAAAAGAAGACUGGUCUGACGGAGGAGGAUGACAGUGGCAUGGAAGUGUAUUAUCGGGAAGGAGAAGAGGAGGUAGAAGAGGUGAAGCUGCUGCCCAAGGGGAGGCUGACCAAGCCCGCAGAUGUGCCCCGGCUGCAGCUUACUUCAGGCUUUGUUUGGGAUGUUGGACUCGACUCUCUGACCCCAGCCUUGCCACCUCGAGGGGAGAGCUCAGACAGCGAGGAAGACGAGAAGCCACAUCAAGCCACGCAGAAAAAGAAAAGCAAGAAGGAAAAGGAAUUGGAAAAGCAGAAGGCAGAGAAAGAGCUGUCCCGCAUUGAGCAGGCUCUCAUGGAUCCUGGACGGCAACCGGAAUCAGCAGAUGACUUUGAUCGACUAGUACUAAGCUCCCCCAACAGCUCCAUCCUGUGGCUGCAGUACAUGGCCUUCCACCUGCAGGCCACAGAGAUCGAGAAGGCUCGGGCCGUGGCAGAGAGAGCCCUGAAGACCAUCUCCUUCAGAGAGGAGCAGGAGAAGCUGAACGUGUGGGUGGCCCUGCUGAACCUGGAAAACAUGUAUGGCUCUCAGGAGUCCCUAACCAAGGUCUUCGAACGGGCUGUGCAGUACAAUGAGCCUCUCAAGGUCUUUCUCCACCUGGCUGACAUCUACACCAAGUCUGAGAAGUUCCAGGAAGCUGGUGAGCUGUACAACCGGAUGCUGAAGCGUUUCCGGCAGGAGAAAGCUGUCUGGGUCAAAUAUGGUGCCUUUCUUUUGCGGAGGAGCCAGGCUGGGGCCAGUCACCGAGUGCUGCAGCGGGCCCUUGGGUGCUUGCCUACCAAGGAGCAUGUGGAUGUGAUUGCCAAGUUUGCCCAGCUGGAGUUCCAGUUAGGGGAUGCAGAGCGAGCCAAAGCCAUGUUUGAAAACACACUGAGCACCUACCCAAAACGCACAGAUGUCUGGUCAGUCUACAUUGACAUGACCAUCAAGCAUGGCAGCCAAAAGGAAGUCCGGGACAUCUUUGAGCGGGUCAUUCAUCUGAGCCUGGCCCCCAAGAGAAUGAAGUUCUUUUUCAAGCGCUAUCUGGACUACGAAAAGCAACAUGGCACUGAGAAGGAUGUCCAGGCAGUCAAGGCGAAGGCCCUGGAAUAUGUGGAGGCCAAGAGUUCAGUGCUGGACGAUUAGUGGCUGUCUGACUCCACUGGACACUCAGCAGUGGGCCAGCCCAGCCCCACCUUAGGCACCUGGGCACUUGCAAAUGUUGCCUGAGGAUUCUAUUUAAGUGCAGCUUUUUCUGCAGCAUCCUUGGGGUAAUCCUGGAUGAAAAAAGAAUUGGAGGUCCCCCUCCCUUUUUAAAAAUGUGUAUUUAUUAUUAUUUUUUGCAGUGCUAGGGAUCAAACUCAAGGCAUUGCACAUGCUAGGCAGGCACCACUGAACCACAGUCUCUGGCCUUUGAGGUUUAAUUUCUCUUUUCUUGUUCUGUUUUAUGAUUGAUUUAUGUCAUCUUUUUUGAGACUGCUCAGUGAUUAGAGGCAGCAGGUUUUGGGGCUCCCAGAGAAACCAAGCGUCCAUCCUUUAGGAGAGCUCCUUGGGGACCAACAGUAGAAAGCCCAACUCCUUUGGGUCUCAUGGUCAGAUCCUGCUUUGUUCCUGGCAGCCUCUCAGUCCAGCCAGAGGGGUCAGUAGGUUCUAGGAAGGAGGCCUCUCCUGUAGCCUUGGAGUUUGGGCAUUGCCUCAGGCCAGCUAGUACCUCCUGCCCUUUAAUGGAAGCUGUGAAACUGGGACAGGAGGACAAAAACAGAUCCUAGGAGGGAAAAAUCAAAGAACCUAGGCUGCUGAGGAAAGCCUGGUAACAGCCCU